AUGGACCAGCACAUCGCGGCAGGAACGGAGGUUAAGAUCACAGACUCGGGGGCCAAGCAGACCCUGGCGGCAGUGGGCGUGGCCUUCUUCAGUGUGCUUGAGGGUCUUUUCCUGUUUAUUGUGGACAUUCCCACGCAUUUAGUCAAGGAGAUCAUUGGGUGGAGCCAACAGCUUCCCCAGUCGACCGACCGUCCUUCUCUCUCUGUCUCCAGGGGACCAGGGAGUCACAGCCAGCCUGCCUGGGGCAAGAGCAAGGGAUGGUCCCAGGCCUCUCAGAGGAGGUGGCUUUGUUUCCCACUGCAGGUCCAGACCCUCAGGCCGGAGAGCCUCCUGCUCGUGUCCACCCUGGAUGGAAGUCUCCACGCACUAAGCAAGCAGACUGGGGACUUGAAGUGGACACUGAGGGAUGAUCCCAUCAUCCAAGGACCAACGUAUGUCACAGAAACGGCCUUUCUCUCCGACCCCGCUGAUGGCAGCCUGUACACCUUGGGGACCCAGAAACAACAGGGAUUGAUGAAACUGCCGUUCACCAUCCCCGAGCUGGUCCACGCCUCCCCGUGCCGCAGCUCCGAUGGCGUCUUCUAUACGGGCCGAAAGCAGGAUGCCUGGUUUGUGGUGGACCCGGAGUCAGGGGAGACACAGAUGACACUGACCACAGAGGGCACCUCUACGCCCCGCCUCUACAUCGGCCGCACGCAGUACACGGUCACCAUGCAGGACCCCCAGGCCCCCGGCCAGCGCUGGAACACCACCUACCGCCGCUACUCAGCGCCCCCCAUGGAUGGCUCCCCUGGGAAAUACAUGAGCCACCUGGCAUCCUGUGGGAUGGGCCUGCUGCUAACUGUGGACCCAGGAAGCGGGGCAGUGCUGUGGACACAGGACUUGGGCGUGCCUGUGAUGGGCAUCUACACCUGGCACCAGGACAGCCUGCACCAGCUACCCCAUCUCACCCUGGCGCGGGACACCCUGCACUUCCUAGCGCUCCGCUGGGGCCACAUCCGACUGCCUGCCUCCCGCCCCCAGAACAUAGCCACCCCCUUCUCUGUCUUGGACAUCCAGCUGCUGAUGACGCUGUAUAUAGGGAAGGAUGACGCUGGCUUCUAUGUUUCCAAAGCACUGGUUCACACAGGGGUGGCCUUGGUGCCUCGUGGACUGACCCUGGCCUCCAUGGAUGGCCCCACCACAGAUGAGGUGACACUUCAAGUCUCAGGAGAGCGAGAGGGCUCACCUAGCACGGCUGUCAGAUACCCCUCAGGCAGUGUGGCCCUCCCUAGCCAGUGGCUGCUCAUUGGACACCAUGAGCCACCCCCAGUCCUGCACACCACGAUGCUGAGAGUCCAUCCCACCCCAGGGAGUAGAACUGCUGAAACUAGACCCUCCAAGAGCAUGCAGGCCCCAGCCCUCUUAAUGGAGCUCCUGAGUCUGAGUCGGGAGGAACUUUGGGACCUGGAUCUGCACCCUGAAGAGAACACCGCAGACUUGUAUCUAGGACUGGGACCCCAAGACCUGCUGGUGGCCAGCCUCACUGCAGUCCUCCUGGGAGGGUGGAUUCUCUUCUUAAUGAGGCAGCAGCAGCAGCAGCAGCUGGCGGAGAAGCAGCAGCAGGCCCUCCUGGCACCUGCGGGCCCCCCUCCUACCUCACAGGGUGCUCUGCCCCAGCUCCCAGGGACCACCCCACAGGACCAGAAGAGGCUGCAAAGCCCCUCUGAGCAAACCCAGCCACUUGAAGACCCUGAAGCUGAGCAGCUCACUGUGGUGGGGAAGAUCUCCUUUAACCCCAAGGAUGUGCUGGGCCGCGGGGCAGGCGGGACUUUUGUUUUCCGGGGACAGUUUGAGGGGCGGGCAGUGGCUGUCAAGCGACUCCUUCGUGAAUGCUUUGGUCUGGUGCGGCGGGAGGUCCAGCUGCUGCAAGAGUCAGACCGGCACCCCAACGUGCUCCGCUACUUCUGUACAGAGCGGGGACCCCAGUUCUACUACAUCGCCCUGGAGCUCUGCCCCGCCUCCUUGCAGGAGUACGUGGAAAAUCCAGAGCUGGACUGCUGGGGCCUGGAGCCGGAGACAGCGCUGCAGCACCUCAUGUCUGGCCUGGCCCACCUGCAUUCUCUACACAUAGUGCACCGGGACCUGAAGCCAACCAACGUGCUCAUCACGGGGCCUGAGGGCCAGGGCCGAGGCAGGGUGGUCCUCUCGGACUUCGGCCUGUGCAAGAAGCUGGCAGCCGGCCGCUGUAGCUUCAGCCUGCGCUCAGGUGUCCCCGGCACAGAGGGCUGGAUGGCACCUGAGCUCCUGCAGCUCCCGCCCCCCGACAGCCCGGACGUCAGUGACUGGCUGGAGAAAGAGUCCGAACAGGGGCCCCUGGUGAUGGCGCUGGAGGCAGGAGGCUCCACCGUGGUCCGGGGCAACUGGCACAAGCACAUCACAGUGCCGCUGCAGACAGAUCUGCGACGGUUCCGGUCCUAUAAGGGGACCUCGGUGCGAGACCUGCUCCGCGCCAUGAGGAACAAGAAGCACCACUACAGGGAGCUCCCGGGUGAGGUCCGGCAGGCGCUCGGCCAGGUCCCCGACAGCUUUGUCCAGUACUUCACAGACCGCUUCCCGCGGCUGCUGCUCCACACGCACCAGGCCAUGAGGAGCUGCGCCUCCGAGAGCCUCUUCUUGCCCUACUACCCGCCGGCCCCAGGGACCAGGGAGCCAUGCGCAGGAGCCGCUGGGAGCGGAGGCCGGCCGGCUGAGGAGCCAGGCCUGGGCUGAGGCUGGCCUCACAUGGGAAAAUUCCUGCAGAGGCUUGGAAGCCUGGGGAGAGAUGUUGGAGCAAAGAUGUGCCGAGCGCCCAGGUGCCAGACACCCCUCGGAAUACAAGAAGAAAAAGG